GAUACUAUCCCCUCAUCCCCUAGUCCCCACCAUUUUGUAUAUUUUUCUUGGAAAAACAAAACAAAAAUACAAAGCGGUCUGAUAAAUACUUCAAAAGACCAACAUCCACCAUUUUUUUUAGCUCUCGUUUCUUUCCGUGUUCACCACUCCUUUUUUCACCUAAUAAUCUUUGUUCACCCCUUUUAUUAUUAUUGACCCUUUAACGCCCAUCUUCUUCCACUUCGCCCAUCUUAACCAUCAAAUAGCAACCUUUUUAUACUCGAGCCACUUGACAUAUAUUUUUCUUUAUUCAUACACUUUCUCUGUACACAAGCACUUACAUAUUCGCACACACGCACACCCAUUCACUUACCGACACAAGCAGCAGCCUCCACUACCUCGCUUCAAUAUCUUUCUAAGCUCCAACCAUAGUACAGAUGGAGCAAGCAAAGCAGUUCCCGAUACUUCUCAGCGCGGCCAACUCCCGGUCAGCAUCGCCCGCUCCAAGCAAUGGCUCGCCUGGUAGACCCUCGUCGUCCAUCACCCUCGGCCAAGGAAGUGACAGGGGAGCAGCCUCGCCUUCAAGGGCAUAUAAGCAAGGGUGGAAACCAAAGUCACGCAACAAUAAGAAGCAAAAGGAGGCUAGCGGACGCAAAACUGGCAACACCAGAAAAGAGACAAACAACGAAAACACACCAGUGAAGGGUGUUAUGGCAGUGGCUGUUUCUGGCAAAGAGCCCGAAAGCUUUUCACAAGACAAUAUGGCUCAGUCAAGUGUGAGUAUUAAUGGAUCAUCUAAGCCCGCUCACCAGAAUAACCCCAGGACGCCUGGCAAUGCUCAGGCCGAGCCCAAGAACAGGGGAAAGAACGCUCCCCGUCGUCGCACUACUGUGGGAACAUCCGCAAGUGCAACUGAGGCUACUGCGAAUGAUCUUGGGAAGUGUAGUUCAGUGGGCUCGGUGCAGCCAGACACUCCGAAAAACACAAUGCCGGUGGCCGCCGCUCCACUGGGCAUGGCAGUGAUAGUUCAGGGCGAAAAUGGGCGUGCGCGGGUUAUGUUUAAUUCGCAGAUGCCCGAGAACGAUCAUCGCAUGAGUGGUGCAUCAGCGCCUCGGUUUGCACCGCACUCUGAGCGCCGCUCAUCAACUGGGCAGUUUGGCAGCCGGGCGCGGUUCCCUGUUCCUUGUGGCGAUGAUAUGGGGCUUGGCCUGACCCUGAACUCGCCAAUGUCGCCGGCCCAGUCCGGCGUAUCGGCUGUAUAUAAUGUUGGAGGAAGGACCGCGAUUACGCCGAGUCAGUCCCCGCAGCACGCCGCGCCGCCAGAGUUCCGCCAGAGAUCGUUUACAUCCACACAGCUGCGCUCCUCGGCCAGGUCGUUCUCGCCACAGAACCAGAAAAAUUAUCAGCACCAGCACCAGCAGUACCAGCAGCAGAAUCAGCAGCCUCCGCGCAGGCUUUCUUCGAUCAGUCCGUCGGCAUACAAGCAGAUGGUUCCGCAAUCGGCACCUGUUGACGGGGCUGUAAACUCGCGUGUACGCAGCCAAACGGUGUCCACUCACACGAGCAUGACAGGACUGCGCAUCUCCAUGUCGCAGUCACGGCCGGGCAACGUCAUGGCGCCCCAUCUGCCUCAGCUUUCGCGCGCAAGUUCCGGGGGUAGCACGCAGACAAACACGUAUGCCAAUGGCGGGUACUUUGCCACGCGUCGGGCGUCCGUUUCCAACGUCGGCUUGGCGGUCGACCCCGACCAUUCGAUUCGCAUUCCGACUAUUAUGUUCCAAAAGCCAAAGACAGUAGAUUACUCCAAGGGCGCAGCAAGGGAUGUGUCGGGCAAUGGAACAGUCACGCCUGUUACUGGCGAUGGGCUGAGGGGUGCUGAGACCGAGGAAUUUGGAGAGAGCUUGGCGAUGCAGAAGCUCCAGGAGAUGAUCUCAUCGAUGCGCUCCUUCUACAAGCCAAAACAGGAAAAAGCAGUAGUCACACAGCAGACUGCAAUUGCAAAGACCGAAGCUGAGGUGCACUUUGGGACUGAGGCUGAGGCUGAGGCUGAGGUUGAGGCAGUCAAGGCGGAUGUCAUGCAGACGCCCUUGACGCCCGCAGCACACCCAACCUCCCGUUUCGACAGCAUUUUGGAAGAGGACGAGGACGACGAGAGCGACGAGGCAAAGCUGGACGCCGAUGGUGACAGCUUGCUCACGGCAAACGGCACCGGCGUGUCGCACUCGGCUGCGCGCCCAUUGGAUGAAAUGGUGACUGCGAUUGCAUCUGUCGUCGUCUAAACAUCAAUUCGUUCACAGCAGCUCUGAAUAUCUAUGUUCGGCUUCUGCAAACUCAUAUUCUUUUCCUUCGUGUUUUUCAAUGUCAUAAUUCCCACCUGUAUCGACGUGCCAUACAAAUGGACUGUAAAGCCAACUUUUGUUUUGGGUAAAGUCCAAAAGAAAUCUUCCCACAUUGUGUUGUCAUGCUGCAAUUUUUCUAUUGCUUUGUUG